GUCCUGUGUGGUAGAGUGAGGCUGAGAGCUUGGUGCCACAACCGACCAUCAACACUGACGGCCGGGGGAGAGUGGUAGAAAGUACCACAAAUACUCCCCUUUUUCACCAUCUCACGGCGGAUAGUGCGAGACAAGGAACGAUGAAGUGGUUAGUAGGUGCUGGUGUGUGGCUGGUGCUGCUCUAUGGGUGUGCUGUGGCUGACACUCGAGUUGACCAGCCUGCAGCACUUCCUCAACCCAAGAAGAGUACCGUUGUCAAGCUCGUAGAUGAAGAGGACUGUAGGGAGGAUAUUCGUCGCCUGUGUAAGGAUGAUGUCCGUAAUAAUUUUGCUGUCCUGGAGUGUUUACAGAAUAUCCGGCGGGACCUCCAAGAAGUCAUCAACGACAAAUGUAAUCACCUUUUGUGGAAUUACAAGAUGAACUUAACACGAAGUGGGCGUAUAGAAGAGCUAGCCAAAGAUGUCUGUGAAACAGAGCUCAAGCAUUUUCAUGAGUGUGAAGCCGAUUCUAGUCCAGGUCACAUCAUAUCUUGCAUGACAGAUAGAAUGGACCAGAUCAAGGAUGAACGUUGCCACCAGUACAUUCUCCGACUGGCAGCAAUAGUCUUCAGUGACUUCCACUAUGUGAAAAACAUGGUCAACGACUGUAGAGGAGACAUUGAAAAUUUUAAAUGCGGCCGUGUGGAUCCUGCACGUGAAGGUCAACCCCACUCUCAGGGAUCCACCAUUGAGUGUCUUACAAAACAUGCAACGAAUCUUGAUUCUUCAUGUCACAAGCAAAUUCUUAGAUUAUCAGAGCUUCAGUCAGAUGACUUCCACCUUGACCGUGCACUAUUCUUUGCUUGCCGGGAAGAUCGUGAAAAGUUCUGUGGAAACAUACGAUCUGGAGAGGGACGUGUUUACAAGUGCCUUAUGAAACACAAGACAGAGCGAGGCAUGAGCAAGGAGUGUGUUGAUCAGAUAUCACGACGACAGCAGCUAACAGUGCAGGACUAUCGAGUGAAUCGUGGAAUUGUCAGAGCCUGCCGGAGUGCUAUUACUGAGAAUUCUUGUCGAAAGGGAACCUCAGAUAGUAUUGUUGAAGUAAAGCUUUCCAAGAUAUUACUGUGUCUUGAAGAAGCUCUUCAAAAAGGUGUAACAAUUGAUGGAGCCUGUAAGGAUGAAAUGCUUGCACACCGUCAACAAUUGAUGGAAGAUUUCAAGCUCUCUCCAGAGCUGAUGUCACAAUGCAAGGUUGAAAUUACAAAGUUUUGCAACGAUGGCAUUGAGACUGGCGGUCGCACACUCCACUGUCUCAUGAAACAUAUCCGCAGUCGCAACUCUCGCAGUCAGGUCUCAGUUGAAUGUAGGAAUGAGUUGGAGGCCGUGAUAAAGGCAUCAGACGCUGGUGAGGACUGGCGAGUGGACCCCGUGCUGCAUGAGGCUUGUCUCCCCAUGGUAGAGUCCACAUGCAAGGAUGUGAGAGGGGGAAAUGCAAGAGUGAUGCGAUGUCUUAUGCGCCACAUAGACUCCUCAGAAAUGCCCCAAGCAUGUGAAGCCGCUCUCCUGGAGAUACAGUACUUUGUGUCUCGAGACUGGAAAUUAGACCCUCAGCUUCACAUGGCUUGUGUGAAUGAUGCCAUAAAGUUGUGCAAUGCCAAAAAAGACUGGGCUGCUAGUACACAAAAUACCAACGUCCAAAGAGGUGUUCAAGUUCUCCCAUGCCUGUUUCGUUAUGUUUACCAUCCAAAGCCUCACUUAAGGUUGAGUAGUAACUGUAUGCAAGAGGUUCAACGCGUGAUGCAUGAGCGAGCAGCCUAUGUGGACCUGCACCCUGAGAUAGAAAUGGUGUGUAUGGAGCAACUUGCCCACUUCUGCUCUGAACAUACUGGACCAGGAGAGGAAAUUGCUUGUCUUCAAGAUAACCUUGAGCAGAUAACAAGGGAGGAUUGUAAGAAUGCAGUUGGCAAUUACACAGAGGCUGAAGCAAAGGAUACCAGACUCAAUUCACAGCUUACAGUUCAGUGUGCAGCCGCCAUACCAGAGAUGUGUAAAGGAGAAGCACAACCUGGAAGUGAAGAUGGAGCCUUGAUGGACUGCCUUAUUCGUCACAAACAUGCAGAAAAGAUGAAGCACUACCCAAAAUGUCGGGCUGUUAUUGAACAUUUUCAGCUAAUAUCCAUGAAGGACUACACAUUCUCACCCCGAUUCAAAGAGUCGUGCCAGGGAGAUGUUGCCUCGUUGUGUCGACCAAAACCCAAGAACAAAGCUGAUGUAAUAGAUUGCCUCAGCACAUUAGUUCGGAAUGAUAUCAUUAACGACAAUGACCACCAAGUGACAAAGCUCUGCCGUCAGCAGCUUCGGCAGCAACUGGUACAGCGUCACGAGAAUGCAAAAUUGGAUCCCAGGUUGCAGCAGAAGUGUAGGGAAGACAUAAAUAAAUUCUGUAAGGACGUCACUUACGGCCGAGGAGUGAUCCUCGAGUGUCUGCGCAGUCACAAAAGAGAGCUAGAGAAACCUUGUCAUGAGUUGCUGUUUGCCCGUGAACAAGAGGAGCAGCAGGACCCCAGCACAGAUGUGGUGUUGGUGACGUCAUGCAAGCAAAUGAUAACACAGUAUUGCCAUGAUGUAAACCCUGAGAAACUCCUUUACUGUCUCAAGGCCAAUAAAGAGGAGCCAAACUUUGAUGGACAUUGUCGGACUAUAGUCAUACGUCGGAUGGUGGAACAGACUACAGACGCUCGCCUCAACCCAGACCUCCUUCGAGCUUGUAGGCGUGACAUGGCUAAGUUUUGUUUUUCACUCUUUGAAAGGGAGAAAACUUCCAGCACUGAACUAAAUGGCUUGCUUACUGAGUGUUUGAAGGAACAACUCCCUGGCCGCAAGUUGAGUUCUACGUGCAAGAUUCAAAUAUUAAGUGUGGCUCGCACUGCUGCACUCAACUACAAGAUGGACCCCAUCCUGCUUGACAAGUGUAAAACUGAUAUGAGUGUAUUGUGUCGAGAAUUUCUGACUGAUGAUAGUGGGGGUCACAUGCUGGAGUGCUUGAAACUCAGUUUUGAUCACAACAAAAUCAAGUCAGACGAGUGUAGACUUCAUGUUGCACACAUCAUCGAAACUCAGCGAGCAGACAUCCAUGUGGAUCCAGUUCUUAAUGAAGCUUGUGGCAUUGAUGACAACAAAUAUUGUGAUGACAUUGAGAAUGGUCAUCACUUAGCGUGCCUGUUGGACGUCUUGGAACGAAAUCCAAAUGGCCUGAAAACUGAAUGCCGGGAGAAGCUUAGAGAGCGUCGAGAGAUGUUCAAUGCCGCUUUGAAGCUGACAAAUGUUAGAUCCAUUGGGGACCUGGUGGGACACGUAUCCAAUUCCCCGGAGAGGAACUACUUCCUCUUGGUAAUGAUCACUACUGUUGGAAUUAUUUUCGUUGGUGGUCUGUUCUGUGGGCGAGCCACAAAGCGCUACAAAUUGCUCAAGGACAGAUAAAGUUGAUCCGGGAGUUAGCCAAGGAACCAGAGUAAAAAGUUUGGUGUAUCUUUUUUUUUCACUACAUUUACUAAGAAAGAAAAAUUAUUGAAUAUAAUAUACAGGUACUGGAAGUAUGAUAUGCCUAUAAUGGGGUUAAUUUAUAGAUUUUUCAGAAACAUUUUUUACCCUUUGCAUUUUUAUUAUCUUAAAGGUCAUUGACAGAGUGUAUAGAAACUGAUGCUUAUACCUGAGUAUACAGAAUGUUGCAUAAAAAUGAGCAAGGAUGACUCCAUCAUAAGCAGUAGAUGAGAAGUAUGACUAGUUAACUAGUUCAAUGAGGUGUACAGUGUUUAGAAGUUUUGUUAUGAUCUGUGAGUCACAGCUCUGGAAUUGCUCAUUCACCAUAUUUCUGCCUUGUUGAUCAUACCUCAGUCCUCUUACACUAGACGUCUGUUUUGAACACUAGCAUGUAACACAUAAUUUUAGCAGAGUUCAAAUUAUAGAUGGAAGGGUCGGUAUUUCACAUUUACUGUAAUUUACAUUAACCUAAUGAACAAAAAAAUGUGGAAUCGUAACUCAAAAAUGAAUUUCUUUUCAAUUCAGAACAAAGAUGCAACCACCAUUGUGUUCCUUUCUAAAAAGGUUCAGUUAAUUUUACCAUAACCAAGUUCUUUCCCCUCAGCCUGAAAAUGGGUUGAUGGGUGUUGUUAUCGCCCCAUACCGACCUUCUAUCUGAUUGUAUGCCUGUCUGUCCAUUAGCUUGUAAUCAAGAUAUCUCUUGAAGGAUUUAAUGUAGUCUCCUCAACUUCACAAUGUGGCUUCAUCUAAUCAAUUUCAUGGACGAGCUUAAAGAUGAGUAUUCUUGUCCCUCUUUUUAAGAUCAUGUGGCCAUUUUUCUGUAAAUUGCCCUGUGUGCUUUUGUUUAUUAGUUUAAUGAUUAUUUUAGGGGAAUUUUCCUUUGAUUUGCCUGAGAUAGUAAAUUUGAAAUCAGAUUCUUCCCUCUGUAACACACCUAGGGCAGUGUUAUUAUAUACUGUACCUGUAAAUUGAAUAUGCUUGUAAUCCAGUACUUGUUAUGAAAUUCAUUGCUAACACUUACUACUGCUGUAAACCAAUUUGCUGAAACUUUGAGCUCAUUUUUUAACACUGUAAAUGGAUCUCUAGAGACAGGAUGUGAAGCAAUAGCAAUACUGUACCUAGAAUUGCCUGGCUUGAAAAGUGAGAAAUGGCUUAUUGGAGAUUAACAGACUGAGUAUAUUUAGUCAGAAGAUCAUAUAAUUGAGAGUAUAGAAUUUUUGCCACAGGAAUGUUCCAUUAGAUUUAUUUAUAAUGGAACAAAGACGAAGUUUCUGAUAUUUAACAUGUAACUCUAAUUUAUGGUAUGUAUGAAUAUAUUUAUUUUACAUGAUCA